AUGAGUUUACGAUCUGCUAUCAUGUCUGAUCUUCCAUUCGGUUUGGUCGAGGAUAUACUUUCUAGGGUUCCAGCUACAUCUCUAGAACGAUUUCGAUCUACGUGCAAGCAAUGGAACGCAUUAUUCAGUGAUCAUAGAUUCAUCAAGAAGCAACUUGAUAACGCACCAAAGGAGUAUUUGGAUAUACUGUUGAGGGACGGUAGGGUUUGUUCGAUGAGUGUCAAUCUCAAUGGACUUCACGACAACAUGGAUCCAUCUAUAAAGCUUAAGAAGGAAUUUAGCCUAACUAAUCUCCAUUAUAGUUUAGCUAAUGACGUCUCUUCUUUUGAAGUUUUUCACUGCAACGGAUUAUUGCUAUGCACCAACGAGAGCAAGGUCCAUGUUUGGAACCCGUGUACGGGUCAAACCAAACGGAUCCCAACCAUAACUGUUUACACUAGACACCAGAAGUAUGUUCUUGGAUUCGAAAACAACAAAUCAAGCAAAAAUACCAAAAUCUAG